AUGCUGCAGCACAAGAAGCACCAGGAGUGUGGCAAACCUUAUCCCUUCAUCUGGGACAACGAUGCAAACUACGACGACACCUUGGCAUUCUUGUAUUUGGCGCACAGCGAGAACCUGGAUUGGAAGGCGAUCACUAUUGAUCCAAUUGCAACGAUGCCUUUGCAGUGGCGUAUCGAGACCGAUGAGUUCUUUGAGCGUCAGUACGAGUCCAAGAUCUUGAACAUGACUGACAAGGCAAUUGUGGACAAGACCGCGCCGCAGCUGAUUGUGGACAUCUUGAACACAUCGGCGUGCCCCGUGGUCAUUCUGACCACAGGGCCAGCAACAAACGUCGCGGCCUCAGUGGCGGAAGCGCUAGACAUGGCUCCAUCUCUUGCGAGCAACAUCCGCGAGAUCCACAUGAUGGGCUCUGCCUACGGUGUGCCGGGCACCAACAAUGUCUACGAUUGGCAGAUGACAUACAAUGGUGUGAAAGGCUCCUGUACGGAAGACGCAGGCCAAACCUACACCGGCCUUUCCCCUCCACUCAUCAAGAACGGCACGAAGAGCUUGAUUCGUCCUGAAUGCCGAGGAGUUGACAUGUCCGCUCAUGGCGACACCGAGUGGAACGUCUUCAUGGAUGUACGCGCCUGGCGUAUGGUCUAUGGCUUUCUGGCAUCUUCUCCUGCAGAUGUCUAUGUCUUGGCUGCAAAUGCCACGCUCAACAUGCCCGUGACACUAGAACAGAUGGAGUUGUAUGCAUCGCAGCUGGCGGAUCCAGAUCUUCGAAUCUUUGUCACGGAGCUGGCCAAGGCAUUCCUUGAAGCUGGAGAGGCCAAGUGGUGGGAUGCUCAGUGUGCGGUCGCGAUGGACCAAGUCUUGUCUGGGCAGAGCAUCGGGGUUUGCUCCAACUGGGCUGAGAAGAAGAAGACCAGUGUAUCCUUGAUUUGGCGAUCCAAUCUCACGGAAGGUGAGCUGAAUCCUUAUGGCAGCGUCUAUGACGAUGCUGAUGCCCAUGCUCCUUUGAUUGACUACUGCUUGGAUGGCAACGUCACUCAAAUGUGGGAGGUGUAUUGGCCCCAGGUCAAUGAGACCAACUGA